UCAAUUGUUUGUCACGGCUCGAUAGGAUAAAAUUGCAUAGUGCAUUGAAGAUAGGUUCAUUAGUUUUGUAUUUCUCAAACAAGAAAUACUUGAUUGUUUCAUGUAUUUGUGUAUUUUGUGAAUCACGGUGCAAACGUAUUCUAGAAAAAGUCGUGUUGCGGAAAUAUUAGUGUAAAUCAUUUCUAGUUCAGCUAGUUUUCAUCAACCAUUCUAGUUCCGAACUGUUUGUAGGACCGACCAUUUUGUGUUUCAUAACAUCAAUAUGUUGCCACCUCUAUUCCAAAUGGAUGAUUAUGAAACGUGCAUACAGAAUGAAAACUUGUACUGCAAACUCAAAGUGAAUCUUCAAGGCUCCAACAACAAUAGUGAAGUAUGGAAAUAUAUAGAAGAUUCUAUACAAGACGUAUACAAAUUUCGUCGGGAUAUCCUUUGGAGAAACCUCUGUAUUCCAAAAUAUACAGCAUAUAAUAAUCAGUCAAUCAAGGAAUAUUCAUAUGCUCUGAUUAACAAGGAAAUUAGACAUUUGAACUUGACUUCAUCAGCAGACGUUAUGAUUUGUACCAAUGGAAUUAUCACUAGGUCGUAUUUUGAUUACUAUAUACUGAUUGCUGUAAUAUUAUAUGGUUUCCUAGUAGCAUUUUCAACGCUUCUAGAUGUUCGAAGCAAAAAUAUUCAAGAAG